UUCAAUUCGCAUAUUUAUGGAGGCCGAUAAGGCUUGCCUUUUUCCCUCGGCAGGCUUCCAGCGAUCAGAACCCGACGGGACCAACCGUUAAGAUCCCACCGCGGGAAAAACUCUGAAACGAGCGCUCUCGCGGUCCGUUCACAAGUCGCAGCAAUUCCACUUCAUUUCCGUUUCAGCUCGGGUUCUGAUCCCCGUAGAUCUACGAAAGCAGAAAUCACCGUAUCACGAUGAAGGCACUUAUUCUUGUUGGAGGAUUUGGAACUCGUUUGAGGCCAUUGACCCUCAGUGUCCCCAAGCCACUUGUUGACUUUGCGAAUAAACCCAUGAUCCUGCACCAGAUAGAAGCUCUCAAGGCUAUUGGAGUGGAAGAAGUGGUUCUGGCAAUCAAUUAUCAGCCAGAAGUAAUGUUGAAUUUCUUGAAAGAAUUUGAGAAAAAGCUUGGAAUCAAAAUCACAUGCUCUCAGGAGACAGAACCACUUGGAACAGCUGGCCCUCUGGCCCUUGCAAGGGACAAACUGGUAAAUGAUUCAGGCGAGCCAUUCUUUGUCCUCAAUAGUGACGUUAUCAGUGAGUACCCACUUAAACAAAUGAUUGAAUUCCACAAGAGUCAUGGGGGAGAGGCAUCAAUCAUGGUAACCAAGGUGGAUGAGCCUUCCAAAUACGGUGUGGUGGUCAUGGAAGAAUCUACAGGGAAAGUUGACAGGUUUGUCGAGAAACCAAAACUAUUUGUGGGCAACAAAAUCAAUGCGGGAAUAUACCUGUUAAACCCCUCUGUUCUAGACCGAAUUGAACUGAGGCCAACAUCCAUUGAGAAAGAAGUGUUUCCUAGCAUUGCCGCAGAACAAAAGCUUUAUGCAAUGGUACUGCCAGGGUUUUGGAUGGAUAUUGGACAGCCAAAAGAUUAUAUUACAGGAUUAAGACUUUACCUAAACUCUUUGAGGAAGAACUCUUCAUCAAUGUUGGCCGUUGGGUCUCACAUUGUAGGGAAUGUUCUGGUGGAUGAGACUGCUAAGAUUGGUGAAGGAUGUCUGAUCGGUCCAGACGUUGCCAUUGGUCCUGGUUGUGUUGUUGAGUCGGGAGUUAGGCUAUCUCGAUGUACUGUAAUGCGUGGAGUGCGCAUCAAGAAGCAUGCUUGCAUAUCGAGUAGUAUCAUAGGCUGGCAUUCUACGGUCGGACAAUGGGCACGUGUAGAGAAUAUGACAAUACUAGGAGAAGACGUUCAUGUGGGUGAUGAAAUUUACAGUAAUGGUGGAGUUGUCCUGCCGCACAAAGAAAUCAAAUCUAGCAUUUUGAAGCCUGAAAUAGUAAUGUAAAGGUGUGUGUAUUUGCAUAUUAGUGGGAUCCCUUUUUGAGAGCAGUGUCUUAACGUUGUCGUGAUCGAAUUUUACUAGUUUUUCUUUUUUCUUUCCUUCUUCUUCAUGGGCGCAGCGUAAUGUCAGUGUCUGCUAGUUCAAGUUCUGUGAGUGAAGGGUCAAUUUCCUUUAUCAAAGGACGUUUCUUGUCAUGGUCAUACAAUGUAAUAUUUUUGUGUAUAUAGGGGAAAUAAUUUAUUGAUAAA